AUGGUAAAAUAUAUUGAAUCUGUAUUUAAUUUAUCUUCAUCAUUGUCAAGUACAUUAACUGGUUCAAUUAUUGUUCCAGCAGCUGUAUUUGGUACAUUUACAGGUGGAUAUUUAGUUCGUCGUUUUCAUAUGGGUAUUCUUCAAUGUAUAAAAAUGAUUUUAAUUACAUGUUCAAUAUCAUGGUUCGGUUUAAUUGCACUUUUAUUUUUAAAAUGUCAAUCAACAACAAUAUAUAAAGGUAAUACACAAUGUUCAAAAUUAUGUAAUUGUUCGCCACAUAUAUAUCAACCAAUUUGUUAUCAAGAACAAAUAACUUAUCUUUCACCAUGUCAUGCUGGUUGUAUGUAUAUAAAUGGAACAGAUUAUUCAAAUUGUACAUGUUUACCAAAAGGACGAAAUGUUCGUUUAGGUUCAUGUCAAAAUAUAUGUUUUACUGAAACAUUUUUAUUUUUAUUAAUAUUAUUUAUUGUAACAUUUUUUCAAACAUUAAUGGCAACACCACAAUUAAUAAUAAUAUUACGUUCAGUUCAACAUGAACUUCAAUCAUUUGGUUUAGGUUUAGAAAAUUGUAUUAUGAAAAUUCUUGCUCAAAUUCCUGCACCAAUUUUAUUUGGAAUUAUUAUUGAUAAUCAAUGUUUAUUUUGGUCACAAGCAACAUGCGAUCGUCGUGGAUCAUGUUUUAUAUAUAAUGGAGAUCGACUUCCAUUUACAUUAUUUGGUACAGCUAUUAUUAUUAAAGGAAUUUCAUUUUUUCUUUUAAUUAUUUUACUUAUUGUCACAAUAAGACAACAUAAAAUACCGAAUAAUCAGCCUUCUUCUCCUCCUCCUCCUCCUCCUCCUCCUUCUUUGACAUUACAAUCUCCAGAACAAGAAGAUCCUUUAAUUAUUUCAACUUUAUAG